AUGUUUAAAGAGCGUGAAAGAGGCCGAUUCCCGCUCGGCUCCGCCAUCAGACUGUCAUCCCUCAGCUUUCAAUUUCCAAAUCCUGCCAACUUUGCGUUUCUCUCUCUAACCAAGAAAAUGCCACUCAUCUCCGAACGCAAAUAUCGCCGCAGUCCUAAAACUCUCUCUCUCCUUCCCACUCAUAAACCCGACUAUUGCGAACCCUUCCAAUCCGAAACUGGCUUUGAUGGCGCUUCCUUCUCUGGUGCUGUUUUUAACCUCUCUACCACCGUCGUCGGCGCCGGCAUCAUGGCUCUUCCCGCUGCCGUCAAACAGUUGGGGUUGAUUCCGGGCCUUAUCAUGAUUCUUCUCGGUGCUAUGUUAACUGAAUCCUCCAUUGACAUACUCCUGAGGUUCACCCGUGUCUCCAAGACCUCUUCCUAUUCCAGCGUUGUUCACGACGCUUUCGGGGACUUCGGCCGCAUCCUUCUGCAACUCUGCAUUGUCGUUAACAACACGGGAAUGCUCAUUGUAUACAUGAUUAUUAUCGGAGAUGUUUUAUCGGGAACUUGGUCGGAAGGGGUCCACUAUUCGGGGGUGAUUGAAGAAUGGUUUGGCCAACGUUGGUGGUCCACGCGUUCCAUCUUACUGAUGCUCACAACCCUUUUGGUCUUCCUCCCUCUUAUAUCAUUCAAGCGCGUGGAUUCAUUGAGAUUCACCUCAGCAUUGUCAGUGGCGUUAGCUCUUGUUUUUGUGGCGAUAACAGCAGGCGUGGUAAUUGUUAAGCUGAUCAAUGGAAGCAUUAGUACACCACGCUUGAUGCCAAAAUUCACUGGCCAGGAAUCCUUUUGGAAGCUUUUCACAACGAUCCCUAUUCUAGUCACUGCUUACAUCUGCCAUCAUAAUGUUCACCCUAUAGAGAAUGAACUAAAAGACCCUAGCCAUAUGAAGUUGAUAGUUCGGACAUCCCUCUCAUUAUGCUCCACCGUGUAUAUGGCGACCAGCCUCUUUGGAUAUCUGUUGUUUGGGGAUAAAACACAGGACGACGUACUUGCUAACUUUGAUGGCGAUCUUGGAGUUCCUUUUGGCUCAUUUCUUAAUGAUGUGGUUAGAGUGAGCUAUGGCAUUCAUCUGAUGCUGGUGUUCCCCAUUGUAUUUUAUUCCCUCCGCCUCAACCUAGAUGGUCUUUUGUUUCCACAUGCCAUUCCGUUUGCCUUUGACAGCAAGAGAUUCUAUUUAGUGACUGUAUUUCUCAUGUCUUUCAUUUUCGUUGGAGCCAAUUUUGUACCCAGCAUCUGGGAUGCCUUUCAGUUCACUGGUGCCACUGCGGCCGUUGGUAGUGGAUUCAUAUUUCCCUCUGCUAUUGCUCUCAGGGACACGCAUGGAGUGGCAACAAAGAAGGACAAGUUAUUAUCAUGGUUGAUGAUUUUUUUGGCAGUCUCUUCUAGUACUGUAGCCAUAUCCAGUGACUUGUACAGCUUCUUUAGUGGUGAAGAAGCAGCUGUUGGCGCCUGACAUUGCAUCACCAGUCAGCAGUUUCAUAAUAUCUCUGUUAUUUUUUCAAGUAGUCUCUCACUGGACCCCCAAGAUUUUAGCUCAACAAGAAGCCUAGGCUGCCUGGUAGAACGGGGAAAACAGAGCUUCAGUGCCUUCACUGGUUAUUUUGACAGGGCCUUACCCUCUGUCUUGUAGAUAACAGCUUAUGUAGUUAGCUCCUAUACCUGUUGAGUAUAAUUUACAUAAUAUGUUAGUUCUUAUACAUUUUGAGUAUAAUUUAC